GGUCGUUUUUUACUAACAAGCGGAGUGAGGUGGAGACUAACCGAAAAAACGAGGAUGGGGUGUUAUACUUGCGGACAAGAAGGGCAUUUUGCAAGGGACUGCCCCCAGCGGGCGGGCGCUGCAUCUGGUAGUAAUAAUAAUAAGAAUAAUAAUAGUAGCGGCUACUAUAGAUAUAAUGGGCUAUCAUGGCAACAGAAGAAGGAUAUGGAGGUUAUCUCAUGGAUGAGGCAGCUCUGCGCGGACAUUGCGAAAGAACGAAAAGAGGAGGAACUAAAGCAAGAAGAAGAACGACAGAAGCUAGAAGAGGAGAGACGAAGGAGGGAGGAAGAGCUGCACCGGCAACAUAAGACGGAGCUGGAGAGGCAGGCAAAGAUCCGAGAUGCUCGGCUGAUGUCUGCAAUGACGUCACAACUGAAGACGCUACACGACAAGCUAACGGGCCAGAUGGAGGAAGUUCGAUCGAAGAUGCAAGCGAAGGACCAACAGCGGGAGGAGGUUGGAAAGUUGAGAAGUGAGGUGCUGAAACUUGAGAGAGAAUUGGCAGAGGAGGAGAGUCCGAAUAAAGAAAGGGAGGAGCUUCGACGAAAGCUGGCGGAACUACGGAAACUCAAAGAAGAACGCGAUCUCGCUCGCAUGAAGAAGAAGGUGAUGGAACAAGAAAUCGAGUGGGAGAUGGAACAAGCUCGACGUGCGGAAGAUUACGUGGCAUUACCCCUCACGGCGGCAGAAAGUGAUGAUGAUCUGAAAAGGAUUGAGAGGUGUCUCAUCAGACGUUGGUCUCCAACUCUCAACCAACAUGACCGGAAUCCGACACAACCAAGGAGGAGAAGGAAGAGGAGAGGUAAACGUGAGAGAAAAGGGAGACAGCGAAGGCGAGAAAAAGGAGGGAACCUACUCAAAUUAGAGGAUGGUAAUGGAAUGACUACCACGAGACUGACGGACUGCCUGGAGCUAGCGGUCAAGGAAGGGCGGAAGAAUCUGAACCUCACGUGUAGCGGGGAAAUAUGGUGUGAGGACUGGAAGGUUCUCAAGCGGAGGUUCGGAAUGACGACAAUAGAAAUACAGGGAAAGACAUGCACGCUCAAAGAAGGAAAGAGACAAAUUGAGAAGGGAGGGCCGCUAACCAUCAAAGAUCCGACGGAGACGAUCACCUUUCCAGCAAAGAUCAUGAGGGAACUUCUGCUUCUACUCACUCAGCCUUGGCGGAGAAAACUGCUUCGGAAGAAGGAAGACCACGAGCUAACAUACAUGUACCAAGCUACUAGGGGUUUCGAGAAGAGAAGUAGACAGAGGAUGAGGACUAUUUUAUCUAAGAUAAUUAAUGAGAAGCUGGGAAUUAAUUUAAGGAAAAGGAUAACGGUGAAGAUCCCUUACAAUGAUAGAGUAGACAGGAGAAAGAUCGCUGAUGUUACCGAGGGGAAGAUUGGAGACCUUGGCAUGAAAGAGGAGAUUACUACCAUCGUACGAAGACAUAUUUGCACUGUCUGGAUGAAAAAACAAACCGUCGGCGAUAUGCUUCACAACCAUCGAGACUUCGCGCGCUCGAAUGGUAGCAUCUGCAGGUGUGCAGAGAGCCCCUUCCCGCUGGUGGAAGGCCAUGUGCGAUGUAGGCUAUCCGAAAUUGGGGCACCAGACUUCGUUCUCAACGCAAGGAAUAUACCGUCGCAGACCUGUCAUGUGAAACGAGGGAUCAUGACUGCAAUCCUGGACGGAUUAGGAGAGAUCUUCAGGAUUAAAGGUAAGACUCUCACUGUGCAUAAGUCAGAAGUAGAAAUGUGUGUUGUCGAGGAGGAGGAGAUCCGAGAUGAACAGUACGUAGUAACACAGGCAUGGAAGCAGAAACUGCGUGAUCUAGUGUGCAUGCCAAUGGAUCGUAACCCUCGGGCCACAUACAUCGUAUGCCCCAUGGUCUACGCGAGAGCUCUACACGACAUCUUCUGGCAUGGCCAUAACUUCAAAAUGUGCAGCAUGACGAUGAACGAGGCACUUACGAUAUGUAAGAAGAAGUACGAAGAGAUGGACCUGAAAAGGAUGGGAUCCUGGAGGACGAAGGGGCAGUUUGGGGAUGCCUACGUCAUCCCAAAACACAAGGAUCCUAAGACAUGGAGGCCGAUUGCACCAGCCUGGAAUGCACCAACGAAGGAGGGUGCAAAGAGGGUGGCAAAGGCCCUGCAAUGCAUGCUCGGAUGUCUGGCGAAGAAACUUCACUUCAACACAGUAUCAGCCGAAGAUGCGAUCGGCAGACUGACAGCAUGGGCAGAGAACUUAAAUCGUACGCAAGGAGUGGUAACAGCCAGCUACGACAUCAAAAACAUGUUUUCUGAACUUUCACAUGACAGAAUCAGAGAAUCACUUGACUGGCUGACUACAAUGAUGGAGGGAAAAGGAUUUGACCGGGUUAAUGUGAACUGUCGGGGGAAGAAGCCGGCGAUGGGGAAGCAAGCCAGAGACGGACAUUACUCGGUCAAGUUCAAGUUUGUUCGAGACUGGGUCAGAUAUGAACUGGAUCACUCCUAUAGCAUGGCUGAAGGGGAGCUCAUACAACAAUCAAAAGGUAUUCCGAUGGGAGGACACACGAGCCCAGCACUAGCAUGCAUUCUAUGCGCUAGGUGGGAAGCUGCGUACGUCCUGAGUCUACGCACGGACCGCAGAAUGACGCUUGGUCUGAGGUUGAUGGACGACGUGGCUAUCUUUGUGAGAUACUUACAUGAGAAAGCUGAGUCAAGGGGGAAAGCCAGGGAUAUGCUGGAGAAUCUGCGGACGUGCUGCCCACCUGAUCUGACACUAGAACACUGACCAGGAUGACGGGACACUGUCAUUCCUGGGAUGCAGGAUCUUCGUGGAUCAGGAUGGUCCAAAGAUCACAUCGA